AUGGCUAGGACUAAGCAGACCGCUCGCAAGUCCACAGGCGGUAAGGCGCCGCGCAAGCAGCUGGCCACCAAGGCGGCCCGCAAGAGCGCGCCGGCCACGGGCGGCGUGAAGAAGCCGCACCGCUACCGGCCCGGCACGGUGGCCCUGCGCGAGAUCCGCCGCUACCAGAAGUCCACGGAGCUGCUGAUCCGCAAGCUGCCGUUCCAGCGGCUGGUGCGCGAGAUCGCGCAGGACUUCAAGACCGACCUGCGCUUCCAGAGCUCGGCCGUGAUGGCGCUGCAGGAGGCGUGCGAGGCCUACCUGGUGGGGCUCUUCGAGGACACCAACCUGUGUGCCAUCCACGCCAAGCGCGUCACCAUCAUGCCCAAGGACAUCCAGCUCGCCCGCCGCAUCCGCGGGGAGAGGGGUGGGAAGGGCCUGGGGAAAGGAGGUGCCAAGCGCCACCGCAAGGUUCUGCGCGAUAACAUCCAGGGGAUUACCAAACCCGCCAUCCGACGCCUAGCUCGGCGUGGCGGGGUGAAGCGCAUCUCCGGUCUCAUUUAUGAGGAGACUCGUGGGGUGCUGAAGGUGUUCCUGGAGAACGUGAUCCGGGACGCCGUUACCUACACUGAGCACGCCAGGCGCAAAACUGUCACCGCUAUGGACGUGGUCUACGCGCUCAAGCGCCAGGGACGCACUCUUAAUUGGCGCUGUCUGUGCAUGGCUCGCACUAAGCAGACCGCUCGCAAGUCCACAGGCGGUAAGGCGCCGCGCAAGCAGCUGGCCACCAAGGCGGCCCGCAAGAGCGCGCCGGCCACGGGCGGCGUAAAGAAGCCGCACCGCUACCGGCCCGGCACGGUGGCCCUGCGCGAGAUCCGCCGCUACCAGAAGUCCACGGAGCUGCUGAUCCGCAAGCUGCCGUUCCAGCGGCUGGUGCGCGAGAUCGCGCAGGACUUCAAGACCGACCUGCGCUUCCAGAGCUCGGCCGUGAUGGCGCUGCAGGAGGCGUGCGAGGCCUACCUGGUGGGGCUCUUCGAGGACACCAACCUGUGUGCCAUCCACGCCAAGCGCAUCACCAUCAUGCCCAAGGACAUCCAGCUCGCCCGUCGCAUCCGCGGGGAAAGAGCUUAA